AUGGCGUUUGCUAAUCUGAGAGAGGAGCUGAACUGUUCCAUCUGCCUUGGCAUUUAUACAGAGCCAGUUAUGCUGAUCUGUGGACAUAACUUCUGUCUGGGCUGCAUUAAGAAAACAUGGGACAGCCAGGGUCCUCAGCAACUGACCUGCCCUGAAUGUAGACACAUUUUUGUGCAGAAACCAGAUCUGAAAAGAAACUUGAAGUUGCGUAACAUAGUGGAGCAUUUCCUUCAUAUGAAUCCUGACAAGGGGGAUACUACAGUCUUCUGCUCUUACUGUAUUCACACACAGGUACCUGCUGUUAAAUCAUGUCUGCUGUGUGAGGCUCUUCUGUGCGAUAACCACGUGAGAGCCCACACCAAAUCUGAGGAACAUGUCCUAACUGAUCCCACCACUUCCUGGGAUGGGAGAAAAUGUUCUGUACACAAAAAAAUCCUGGAAUAUUAUUGCUCUAAAGAUGCGUCCUGCAUCUGUGCAUCUUGUUACGUGACUGGGGAACACAAGGGACACCAGGUGUGGACACUACACGAGGCCUCUGAGCAGAAGAAAGAAAAACUGAGAAAUGGUUCAGCCAAACUGGCUUCAAAGAUAGAGGAGACUGAAAAAAGAUUCAAUAGUCUGCAGACCCACAAAAGAAACUUGCAAGAGAUAUCAGCUGGUGAGACGGAGCGAGUUACUGCCAUCUUUACAGACAUCAGGGAGCAUCUGAAAGUCCAAGAGGAACAGGUCCUGGGUGAGAUCACCAGGCAGAAGGAGCACGUUUUAAAGUCAGUAGCUGACCUGAGCCAGCAGCUGGAAAAAGAGAAGGAAGAACUGACUGCACAGAUGUGUUACAUUGAGGAGCUAUGUAACAUAAGUGAUCCUUUAACCAUUUUACAAGAACAGGUAUCACACAAUGAUGACUUUUAUGAUGCUGAAAAAGAAGACAAGUUUGACAAAGCAAAACCUGACACAAAGGAUCUUGUUGGAAGUUUAGACAAGACUAAGAUCUCUGUUAUGUUACACUGCAGCAUCAGUGAGAUUGUGUCUGAUGUGAAAGCAAAGUAUAGGUUCUGUUUGCAGGUUUCAGAUAUGUUACUGGAUUUGAAAACCGCUUGUAAUUAUGUCGGUGUAUCAAGUGACUUGAAAACUGCAACCUGUUUGAGUGUUCAUCAGAAAAGACCAGAAACGCCGGAGCAGUUUACAAACUGUCAGGUUUUAAGCACCAAGAGCUUUUCUUCUGGACAGCAUUAUUGGGAAGUGGAGACUAGUGAGGCAGGGACUUGGAUCAUAGGGGUAGUUUAUUCCAGUAUAGAAAGGAAAGGUUGCCAGUCGUGGAUUGGAAAUAAUAAGAAAUCCUGGUGUUUGAACAGGUGUAAUGUGCAUAUAAAUAAAGAACGUCUAUCAGUGCAACAUGGCUUACAAAUAACCCCGUUGUCUCACAAGUCUACCUGUACCAGGUUUGGGAUAUUGCUUGACUAUGAGGCGGGACGUCUGGCCUUUUUUGAAUUGUCUGAGCUGAUCAGACACUUGUACACCUUCAAUGCAACCUUCACCGAGCCUCUUUAUGCUGCAUUCUGUUUGUACGAUAAAUCCUGGAUAAGGAUCAGGGGUUAG